AUGAAAAAAUUAGAAGAAAUCAAAAAACAAAUAAAUGACAACAGUCAAGGUUUGGUUGAGGAAUUUGAAAAAUUACAAAAAGAGUUGCAGGGACUUCAAAUCGAGAAAGAAAAUGAAGUUCAACAAUUAAAGGAGGAAAUAAAAAGAUUAAAAAAUAACUCAGUUGACAUUAAGGAAGAAAACAAUUACAAUAACAAGGAGGAAGAUUUAAUUGAAGAGAAUUAUGAAAUUGAAAAAAUAAGUUACCAACAGCCCGUAAAUGAUCAUUGUCCUCGUUGUGAUAAACAAAAAAGUAAUGAUGAAAGUAACGAAGAAGAAAAUAACAAUAAUCAAAGAAGUGGAGGAAGAAACAACAAAAGCCGAAUUGAAAAAAUUUUUAACACUUGCGCUGGCUGUCAAAAAGAUAUUAAUACCGCUCAUAAAAUUUUUCAGAACCAAGAAGUAAAUGUGGAUAAUUUAAAUAUCUCCACUGAAAAUAAAGAACAAUUAAAAGCCUUAGCUAAAAUUAAAAAAGGUGAGCAAAUUGAUAUUGAUCGCCUCAAUAUUGACCAAGAAGCUAAAGAGGAGUUAAAAGAAAUUCAAAAACAAAUUUCAACUAACUCGCCAGUUAAUAAACCCCAACAAAAAAGCCAAAAUACUUCUGAUUAUGUCGUAAAUUGCCUUAACUGUAGCCGUCAGUAUGAGACUAACAAAGAAAAAGAACCUCAUUCUAACUGCUGGUAUUGCCAGAGCAAAAAUAUCCAAAUUUGA